GUCAUUUUGGAUUCAAGCGAUUGUGGCACAGCCAUUGGAAACGUGGGUUCGACGGCCCCAGUUGGUCAGACGACCCGUGGAGCGCGACCGGGCUUGGUUGACGCUGACAGCAGUUCAGAGCCUCCAGGUGAGCCAGUGUUGGCUUUUGAGGUGGUAUGUUCUCGUCGCCCCUCCUUGAGCCGGCGCAGCAAGAGCACUAUGCCACUAUCAUCGUUCGUAUGUGCAUCUUUUUCAGCGUUUGUUUCUGUGUUGUUGAUGCUUGGUUUUCUUGGAGAAGUGUUGUAGCGUGGCUUUACGCCUGGAAGGCAAGCUUCAAAUCGAUGUUCUCACCGCCUGGUCAUAGCACGUCCUCCAAGAGAGACAAUCUACGUGGUGAGUUUAUCAAGAUAAGGAUGGCGCGAGUGCAGAGUGUGAUAGAAACGGCUCUGAUACCUUUGUCGAACACAAUAUCGCCGCUGCUGAUUUGCAUGCAUGCAUGCUGUGGAGGUUCUUCGAACUGGGAACUUGUUUCCAGGGUGGUGUUCCUCUGCGGGCGUCACUGUGCAACGUUGUGCUGGAAGUAUUCCAACGAUCUGCAUGGCUUAUCCCCCUUUGUCGCAGGGCUCAUAUUCAAGGUGUUCAUGCUGGGCAUUGCGGUGCGAUCGUAUCUUACAGACACUCCGGGGUUCCUCGUAUACAGCGGGUUUCGGGCCGCGGUGCGAGUGCUUUUUGCGAUGCUGGCACCUGACUGCCGCACGUCGAUCAGAUGGAACUUGAUUCUUUCUGCGGUGUUGUGCCGCUCUGUCUGGGAGCGGCGCGAGCAGCUAGGCAUCGACGGACAAGAUGCCACGACCGCUUUUGUCCAGCACGUCAUUCUCGAAUUAGUUCUUUGUGCACUUGUCUGCAGUGCCGCAGCAGUUCAGGAAUUUUGCGAGAGGGACAUCCUCAAGGCUUCCCGAGAGUCCAGGUCGUAUCGUGCAGUUCAGAGGUUGCUCGGUGUUUUCUGCGACGCCCACCUGCACAUCUGCCCACGAUGUAACAUACUCGCCCAUUCCCCACAUCUGGUGAAUCUGCUGGGCGCAGAUGAUGGGGCAAGAGACAUGAAGAGCACUCUUCAUGGACAGAGUUUCUUUCAGUACGUUGUAGAGUCCGAUCAGCAGCGCUUCCAGGACUUCAUCUCUGCGACAGCGGGACUACAAUCGGAAGAUUCGGCAGCCGAAAAUCUGGACUCGGGCGAGUGCGCGUUGCGCCCCGCUGCUUCCAUCCACGUGUCUCUGCGCAAGAAGGAAGGAAAUGCGCACACGACCCCCGUGGAGCUGUUCCUGAUUUGCCUCGACGGCGCCAGAGAUGCCCCCGAGCUCCUGGUAGGGAUCCGGGAGGCCUGCGAGGCGCUGCCGCGGGAGGCCUGCACGGAUGCACCCGACGCCGAAGGUUUUCAGCAGCUGGCGGGGGCAUCGCCGGCGCGCGAACCCGACCUCGGGACUGGCGAGGGCGAUGCCGGUCGGGGCUCGAGGGCGAUGGCUGCCGAGGUGCCGCCGGCCGGCGAGCGGCACGAGCCGUGCUGCGCGGCGCCGGCGCUGGCGCUGGCCCGCGGGCAGCCGCGCCUCUGUCCGGUGCGGUCGCCGGUGGCGCUGCCACAGCCGCCCAUCGACCACGUCGGCCCGAGGGCGCGCGGGCAGCGCGUCAUUGGCGCGGGUGCCAAUGCGGAGGCUGGCCGACAGAACGAAGAAGAUGACCGCGACUGCAUUUGCAAGUUCGGCUUGGGCGAGAGGCGCUUUGUGAUGGAGGCUAUAGAGCUGGGGCUGAUUGUCCAGCCGACCAAGUCCUCGCGCACGACCACCACGAAGACAGCGGCCACCCUGGCUGGAGUAUCUUCUGGUGGCAUCAGUCACACGGUCUACCUGUCGACCCAGAGCGCUCGUUUCUACAACCCGAUCUACGAGGCGACGGUGGCCGUCUGCUACAUGUACUGCAGCUUCCUGUGGGACCCCAGCGGAUCGAGCUCGGGCGGCUUGAGUCGGCAUGGAGAGCUUUGCAGGCCCCCAGAGUGGCAGAUCGGCAAUUCGUGGGCUGACUUCUUCGCUAAAGUCGAGGCUCGGUCGCGCGCUGUUUCAGACGCGCACGUUGAAGCCUUCGCCGUGGAGCUGCGACGGGUUAAGAAGGAGUGCGAGGUCUUUGCGUGGGCGACGGCCCCGCUCGCCAGCGCCCGCGAGGAGGUGUGGAAUCCAGGCUAG